CCAGACUUACAAUCGUCUUUAAUCCUUUCUUUAGGGUUGUGUAAGUGGGACAGCGCCAUCAACAGGCUGUCGACGUAAUCAGGAUGGUCAAGUGUUAUGCCUGUGCGACACAGAGUUCUGUAAUCGCGACGAGCAAGCGUUCAAAGUGGCUCCAGUCACAGACUUACCUCUACAAGUUUGUAAACGUGAUCUACAAAAUGGUAUCGAACCACCUAGGCGAUGGACAAAUCCAUGUGCUGGAAAUUUUUGUCUUUUCAAAAGAAGCACGUUUGCAUUGGAAAAUGGAACAAAAUCACAUUUCCAAUCGAUGGAUUGCUCAACGAGCAGUGAUUUCGACUUAUUUCAAUCUCAAAUGCCAUUCUUAUUUUAUCCAAACACUUGUGCAAAACUCGAGUAUGGUGGCCAAUCUGAUGAGACGAUAUGUUACGGGUCAAUGGCUAACGACACUGAAGCUUCGUACCCUACAGACAGUCUGGUAGAAUGUCAUGCAGAUUUUCUAUCUCGUCACCUACCAUAUAUCCCAAUAAUGAAAUUGUGUAAAGGACAAUAUUGUGUCAUCUCUGCCUCACCACAAGGAGAUGUCUAUAGGGGUUGCAUUACCUUGGAUCAAAGCAAGAACGAAGCUCAAACUAUUGCGCCUGGUUACUAUCGAUCCUAUAAUGGUGUAGAGCAAUGGAUUUGCGCCACAUCAAGUUGUAACUACAACUUGCAAAAAGUGGAACAAUCAUGGCCUGAAGAGAUGGCUCAAUUCAAGUUAAUAUCAUAUACUUUUUGA